CUGAUUACUGUUCAGCUCGCAGUGUCUAUGAAGGAGUCUUGUGCGGUGUUCAUGGAAAUAAUGGCUUCCAAAUCAGCUCAGGAGGGCCAUCUGUCAAGCCAAGAGGAAGAAAAUUUGAUCAAUGAUACUGUGCGAUAUAUCCUGUCUCACGAUAAUACCAAGUAUGCUAUCAAGCGACAGGACAUUGUAAAAGAUGUUCUCAAAACUUAUGGAGGGAGCUCUAAAUAUAUCAUUGAUGGAGCUACACGAGUGCUCAAGGAGAUUUUUGGGAUGAAGUUGGUCGCAGUUGAACAGAACUCAAAUGUGAAACACUAUAUGCUUAUAAACAAUGAAAAGUUUUCAACAGAUGCACGUUAUAUGAAAUGGCCAAAGGAAGUGGAGUCUCAACAAGUGCUCCUCAUGCUGACUCUAUCAUUAAUCUUCAUGAAAGGUGGUGUGGAGAGUGAAGGUAUAAGAAUUCAUAAAGAAUGUAAAUAGACCUUAAUAUACACAGACAAAGCAGCA